AGCCCGUACACAGUACAAGGAUGGAUAUUCAGGUGCAGAGUGAUAAUGAAAGAGGCACCAUCCUUCCUAUUACAAAUGUGAUCCACACUGUGGGCCCGGUGGCCAGAGGUCAUGUGGGCCCUGCCGAGACCAAUGACCUCACCUCUUGCUAUCAGAACUCCCUCAGGCUGGUGAAGGAACAUUGCCUGAGCACCGUGGCCUUCCCAUGUAUAUCCACAGGCAUCUAUGGCUUCCCGAAUGACCCGGCAGCUGACAUCGCUCUGAAAACAGUAAAAAGUUGGAUUGAAGAUAAUUCUGAUAUGAUCACACGGGUUAUUUUCUGUGUCUUUCUCGAGACUGACUUUAACCUCUACAAGAAGAAAAUGUCUGCCAUUUUUCAAGACAGUGACAUGGAGGUUUCGGAGGAACAGCUGAAGGAAGAUAACACAGCGCCAUCCACAAACUCCACAACCAAGGAAGAAAGUGAAGAUGGCAACAUGGGUAAAGAGGAAACAGGUGAUGAAGAAGAGGGUGCCAAUGACGCUGAGGGAAACGAAGAUGUGGAGAUGGCGAGCCAAAAUCCAGAGGAAGAUCUUGGUGAUGAAGAACCAAAUCAAGAAGAGACUACAGUAAAAAAUGAAAAUCAAGAGACAAAGGAAGAUGUGGUCAUUAAUAAUGACACAGCUGAAGACAAAGACACCAACAAAGAGAAAAACAAAGGAGACAAAGCAGAGGAAGGUCAACCUGCUGCAAAGACUGAAGACGACACUGCAGCCACUGUGGAGAUGGAAGAUGUCUCUGAGAUCAAUGACACUGGCACCAGCAACGGAGAGGAGAUGAAAGAUCAUGUGGAGAGUUCAGAAGAACCUGAUUCAAUUCCUACUGACAGCAAUCACUCCAAAGACACUGAUGAGAAGAAGGAAUGACCAGCUGAGGGAAAAGACAAUCAACCUCAUCUGACAGCCAGCAAACUGUGCGAAGGCCAACCACAAUGGUGUCACCCUGGUCCAUGUUGGUAGGGACUCUGACUCUGGUCCAGGGCAACCAUUUUCUCACAUGAUGCUCACAUACCCAACUUGAUUUAGCCCCCCCCUCUUCAUAAAAGGGAAAGUUCAGGUUUUCUGUGUGGUUGUGUGAGGUAUUGACACAUUGUCAGCACUGACUUCACUGAACUUGCUGCUGUCUCUCAGAACCAGCCAUGGACACAUCACAGACGCUCAAUGUCACUGGAACCAUGGCUGCCAGCAGGGACACAAAGAAAAACCGAUGGUAGCCACUUAACGGGAACUGCACCUGCUUUAGUGUAUGAUAUAUUAAUAAUACGGUUCAUGCUUUUUUCAGACAGUUUAGAAAGUCUUUACCAACUGAAACCUGAAGUUUGUACACUAGGAACUCUAUUGCACCUAAGUCCAUAGAAGAAUUCUGAGUUUUUAGCUCUUGGAGACAAGGGAGUUGCUGGCCUACUGCUACUUUGUUCAGUAAGUUUGGGUCACUGACGUGAAUGUGAUAAAAGUCAGAAAUGAAUGAACUGAUGAAGGCAGAGGUGAGUUAGUUUUCUCAAUUGACUUUGGUGCUGGGAGUGAGUUUCAAAAACUCCCGUUUCCAGCUGGAAAAGCUGGCAAGAAAAAGUGGCAAACCAUUUGUUAUACAAGUUAUUGUAGACUGAAACAGGCAGAGAAUUUUGUUAAGCAGCAGAAAUCUGUUUUUCCUUCCACGUUUUAAGUCAGAUCAAAUGUCUGUGUCCCAUCCCCUUUGAGAUGGGGGGGAGGGGAGCUGCUCGGCGAAGUCAGUGCUGUCAGUGUGUCAAUACCUCUCACAACCACAAUUCAGAAAACCUGAACAAUCCCUUUAAGAAAACACUCAUCCCUGAAGUAUGUGUGUUACGUAUGUAUAUGUAUGUAUGUAUAAAACCUUGCUAUACGACUUGAACAUAUCAACCAGAAAAGAAGAGCCAUACCUCACUGUGUGUUAGAGUCAUACAUCAUUUUUCCAGCUGGGUGUGAUGAGAUAAACCAGGUUAAAGUCUUUUUUUUUAACCUAAUCCCACUGUUAGGGCAUGGUGACGCUGUCAGAGGACAGCAGACACAGCUCCCACAUGUUGACACUUCAGGCUGGAUGAUGCAUAACAUCAUCCAGCCUUUUGAUACUCGACUAUCGUCUCCACAGUCGAGAUGACAUCACAUAACAGUGGAACGCCUGACAACACCCUGCAUUUGUGAGCCUCCUUUGACUGCAACACACAGACACAUGCCAUGUCUUUCUCACGCACUACUGCAGAUUGAGCACCGCCGUUUAGUUAAAUCAACCGAUACCAUGAUUCAAUAAGGCUACGUGCCACUUCCAGGCCUUUCAUCUAUGAACAUCACUGAUAAUGUCUCCUCUCCACUGCUGUUCUAACUGCAGCUUAACUCGUUUUACCAGGAAACUGUUCAUCAGCACCCACGCACUAAAGAGGAUGUGAGUGUCUUUUAACAAAUCGAUUACUCCCCCCGCCCCUUUUCGUCUAAGCCAUUUUCAGUGCAUGCCAGAAAACUGCUUUGAACUUCCCCAACAUAAACAGGAUUUAUAGUCCUCUUCGCUUUUCGCUUGUCUCCUUACCAGAUUGUCUUUAACUGUAUCGAAUGGAAUCUGCCUUAUUUCAUAUACAACCACAAAUCAACAAUCACAGACAUAAAGAGAUGGUCCAAGUAUGAAUUCCUGGUUGUGUAUUGCUUGCUGAUGAUUUGUAAUUUUAAAUACUUCAUGUAAUGGCUAAAACCUGUUGUUAAUGGGUUUGUUUGUUUUUUUCUUCAUUUGAUUUAAAAAAACAACAAAAAAACAACAGCUUUUUGGGGUUAUUUUUUAUGUUGGUAUGAUUCAUGAGUUAUUUUCAGUAGUACCAUAGAUCAGAUGAAUUAAGUUCAAUGAAAUGAUGCCUUCAUACUUUGAUGUUUGCUUUGCUAAACUAUAACAGAAACAACUAAUAAAGUUUAAGGAGGAAACUA